UUUCCAACGUCGUCACAUUCGCAUCGAUACCGACGCAUUGUACACCAUCCUAGCCAGUGUAAAAUUGGUGCCAUUGAAGUGCGGUUUGAAAAACCGCAAAGAUAAAACGACCAAUUCGAUCAACAUAACGAGCAACGAAUUCCGCAGAAAUAAAAUCUUAAGUUGGAAUCUGUUUUUCAAUGUGGAAAAAAUUCAACAAGUGGUACAUUUCAAAAAGUAUUUCGAUUUCCAAAUUUGUUCGGACGGUGUGUCUGUUUCGAUGAUGUACAAAAAGCCAAAAUUACCACCACUCGAAAUAAGUGAUGCUGAAAUCAUGAAAAUGUACAAAGGGAACAAAUUGAAGUAUGCUAUUGGCUGUGAUCCGGGCAUGAAAACCUGGAACGCUUCAGUGCGUCGUGAUUUGGAUACCAAAGAAGAGGUGAAUUUGCGCAUAUCCAGCAAACGGUAUCACUGGGAUGCGAAACAAGGCCGACGUAAUGCAAAAGCCGAACGAAUCACCCGAUUAUUUACAUACGACGAGAAGGCUGAUCGCAAUCGAGUUGCAGCGACUCUGGGUACAAUGCCAUCGCCAAGAGAAACAUCAUGGCGGUCGUAUAUUGAACAUCGACUACGAGUUAUGAAUGAUGGCAUUGAAACGUACACGUGUAAGCAAUAUGCACGCUUGGGAUUGGACAAGCAUAUCGACUCGGUUCGUGCGAUCGACAAAACGGCUUGCAAACUGACACGCAAUCAACCAUCAAUUUUCUACAUGGGAGCCAGUGGAUCCACAUCAGCCAACUCACCGAUCAAAAUCAAAAAACACAUGCGAUGCCCAGGCACUCGCAAACUGAUUGCAGCCAUCAUGAAACGUGGAAAUUGCAUCAUUCGAAUGGUCGAUGAAUACAUGACAUCACAGCAUUGCCCAUUGUGUUUCAAACGAUUUCCACAAGAAACUCGACGUGAUCGAUACAAGAAAUGUGUGGGUUGUGUAACAAAUCCAAUUGUUGGACUACCACGAACCAUCGUAACCAAU